AUGAAGUUGACUGAAACCAACACCACAACUAGCAAAGCCAAAAACACAAUCACUGAAAAUUUGUUUAGCCGCAUUCACAACUACACCCCACAAAGGGGAUAUGGAGUCAUGGCCUAAAAUAUUGCCGCUAUAAAUAGUAAAAUCAAGUGUAACAGUGCAGAUUAUAAGCAAUUUAUAAAACGACCAACAAACAAAGUUGCCUCCAUCUUGAAGCGAAAGCAUUGCGGGCUCAAUAUUGGUCACGUGCCUUCGAGCGCCAGAGAUGUUCAAAAAUAUCUCCGAAUGAAAAUAAGCUUGUAAUUCUUUGUUGAUAUUAAAUAUUUUGUGUUGAACCAGGGGAAUUGAAAAUUAAUUUGUCUUCACUGCGGAAAUACCCUAGAGAAUAUUUGGCUUGGAUUUUUUGGGAGAGUGCUAAAUAGUGGACCCUAGCCCUCAGGCCGCUUUUCGCGCGCUCCAGUAGUGUCCGGAAAUAUUCAUUGGAGAGUAUAAUAAAGUGUGUGGAUACGGCUGGUUGACGCGGAAAUUUCGAGAGGAAAAAUUAUCGCUCCCAUGUAGAAAGUGAUAGCCAAAGAGCCUUUCACUUCUACGAAAAAGACGUAGUAGUUUGUUGUGUCGUAAGAGGAAGAGAUUUAGUCAGGUAAGCACUUAAAAUUGAGCUUACUUUAAAAUCUUAAGUUCUUUCGGUGUUCAUUCUUGACAUGUCAUUUUGAAUUCAUUGCGAGAGCUGCAGGUAAAUGUCUGAGUGGUAUUCUAGAACACCGGUGGUGUAGCUUCGUUAUUUUAGAGCACGCUAUAGUAAGAGCCUGUUUUUCAAUAAAAAUCUGAGCAAUUCUCAGAAUGUAUGUAAGACCUAGCGUUCGUGUAUACGAAAAGAAUCGAAGAUGACUGCCAUCCGACGCGUACCGUCGUAUUAAAUGGAGUUUCAUGGGCUGAAGUACACUGCUGCUGAAGUGCUACCUUAACCACACGAGUAUGCACAAUUUCUUGUAUUGGAACGGCCUGACGGGACCGUAUCGUUUUCGACGUUUCGUUCGAACCUCGUUCUGCAUUCAACCUUAUGCAUUGAUCAAAACAAAUUUCUCGGAGGUUUGAGGGUUAUUAAGUUCACGAAAUACAUGAGCUCUUGCUCAACUUAGUAAUUUUUCUUUCGUUUAAAAUUUCGUUGAUGUUGUGUGUUGUUUUCCUCAUAAGAGUUAAGUUUAUUUCCUUCUCUCUAAUAUUGCUCCGAAGUUGUUUUAUACUUGUAAUAUUGAUAAUUAACAUUUCGCUUCAGCGUUUUCUAUUUUUGACGAGGAGACGACGCUUUUUAGUCAACAUGAAAUUCAUGCGCGCGAAGGGAGCUCAGUUAGUUCGGUUGAGGGUAAACCGUACCCCUCUAAUUUUUAAACAGAGAGGCAGAAAGAAUCGCAAUUCUGAUUACCUCUACUGCUAAUCCAAUGAGAGUUUUUAUCAUGCAGAUGUGGUCAGGGUUAAUUUUUGAUGAAGUAAAUUGGGGUAAAUAUUGAAGUUUUCGAAUCGUACAUUUGCAACGCAAUUGUCGACAACAUUCUUUGGAAAGUAAUCAAAAUUUUUCUGGCAGUUUCCUUGUUGAAUAAAUUGUCAUCUAUUACGCAUAAAACUUUUGCACUGAAGAAUUUUCCAACUUUGUUUCGUGAAAGGUUUUUUGUUUGUUCCAGUUUUUCUUUGUUUUCGUUUACAAUCCGUGUCAUGUUUACAUUUUUGUUAUUUUUUGUUUGUGAUGUUAAUUUUUGAAUUGUUUGACGUGUCGCUAAGAUCACACGGUGUUCAUGGCAAUUACAGCAGUAUGAUAGCGUCAUUCAUUCAUUUUUACGUACCCGAGUUGGAUAAAAAUAGUUUUGCGGUAAAACUAUUUAAAAAGAAUUCAAAAAUCAAAGUCUUCUUGGAAAAUUACUUGCUGGUUUGUUAUUUUGUAUGUUUAUGUGUGAAUGUUAUUACUAUAACAAUAUCCAGAGAAGAAAUAAAGAAAUUAUGAUUUUAGAGCUGCAUUAUUCGGGUUUACCAUGAGACUGAAUUAAAAAAAUAUGUAGAAAUUAAACCUUAUUAUGUGGCAAAAACAGUCUUUUGUGCUGCAAAUUUUUCUAUAAAGUAGAGUUGGCAUAAAGCACUUCAUUGUGAAUAUAAUGAGAGUAUAAAUUUUAUACUCUCAUUAUAUUCACAAGUCAACAGAGUUUAAGUUUGUUGUUUGUCCAGGUCAUACAAUUUAAAAAUUAACUUUAAGGUUCCUUAAUGUAAAUUAUGCAAUACCGGUAAUUAGGAUACAAUUUGCGAGCAACUACACCAAAUUGAAUAUUACCAGAAGCUGUGCAAGUUCAUCUGCUGUUAUUUUCAUCCAUAAUAAUUUGUUUAACAGAUGAGUGGAAGGCCGGGAGAUUCCAGCCCAACAGACAGUGGCGUGGACACUCGAGAUUGGGAAGGUCAGUAAUCAAAUGGGUUGUUUGAAUCAGUGUAAGAUUUUGGGAAAGUGCCCACAUACCCCUCCCCUAAUGCGACAUAUUUGGCCCUCAGUGAAAAUUAAGCGAUGAUGUUAGAUUAAGGGAAGGUGGGUGGGUGGGCAGUCACCGAGAAUCUCUUACUAAUCUGGUUGUUUCAUGUUGUGUUUUUUGUGUGUUUGUCAUGGUGUAGACUACUGGUCUGAAGUUCAAUGCCACUUGAUGAAGAUGUCUUCACUGACUACAGUGUAGAUCAAGAAUGGCAAAAACAAAUGUCAUGAUGUUGAUAAUUGUGGUAGCAGGCCUGAAAGAAAUGUGACGCAAGAUAAUUUUUAAUGGAGCAAAAACUAACAUGCCAUUUGCCCCACAGUGUCAUUUCACCAUACUAUUAUAUUUUUUUUUCUUUCAUAUUUAAAUUUUGUAAUACCAGAAAGGCUUAAAAUAACAAGAGCUCUAAUUUACUCAACAAAGUAAAAUCCCUGGAGGAUCUUGCUAGUAGUAGUACCAGUAAAAUUGAUGACAUUGUCAUGCAAACAGUAUUGUAAAUUAAAAUUAACGAUAAUAAAAAAUAAACAAUUGCUACAUUUAUUGCAGAAGCAAAUGAAGUAAAUUUUCAAAACUUCAAAAGUAAUUUUUAAAUUCACACAUUUUUACCUCUCAUUUUAAGUCAGUUGUUUGAACAUAGUUAUUAGAGGCGACUGGUUAUGAAAAGCGGGAAACAUCAAUGAUAAAAACAACAGUGCUGCAGUUUAUGUUGGAAGCACCCUGAAAGUGCACAAUCCUUUGUUUUCUGUUGGCAAAUUGUUACGGAAUAAAUUAAUGCAACGUUUUUAUUGGUCAAUACAAUCAAAAUGAUAGGAAUUCUUUUGAACAUUGUGCACUUUCAGGUCCACAAAAACAUAUAACAAAGGAGUCUGAUGGGUUUCAUAACCAUAUCACUCAAUUAACUAUGGUUUGAACCAACAAUGCAAUCAAUGCAAUUUUUGUAAAAUAUAAUAUUUUGUUGAUAGACCUGACUGUGCUCUUGCUUCCGUUCAGAAUCUUCGGCAAUACACCAUGAAAUUUAUGUCCAUAUAAAUGUGAUUACAAGUGCUAUCCUCAUCUGGGCAACUCGUAAUGUUGAUUUAUAGAACUAAUGAUAAAUGCAAACAUUGCUGUGCUGUUCAGCAUGCAAAGAAAGUAGUGUCCGAUAGCCCAGGGCUAGUGGAUUUUGCUAUCGGGCUAGUGAAUUCUGUUUUAACUUGCCCAACGGGCAAGUGAUGUUUUAUGAGGAAUUUGAAUAAUAGAAGAACAAAAAGUUUUUGGGGCUAGUUGAAAUGACGUGUGGGCUAGUAAAUGCUAGCUUCAGCUUGCCCGAAUGGCAAGCUGUAAAAAUGAUUUUCUUUGCACCCUGCUGUUGAAACCCAAUGACUAUUGACCAUUAUUCCUAAUGAUUAUUUACAGCAACCUGAAUUAUCUGUGAAGUUGUUACCCUAAUUAACAUACCAAUGAAUAAGAACUCAAAUUUGCUGGUAACAGCUAUAAGUUAUUUUAAUUAUUUCCUUGUUUGCAUGUCCCUCUUGGGAAAGUUAAGCAAACUUAAGUCUACUAGAGGUGUAAGCACGUGAAUUUCAUACAGUGCACAUGUGCAUUCAGUGAACUUUGGUUUUGUUCUUUCCUGACCCUCAGUGACCCUAUGUGAAGAUCUUUGGAUGUUUAUGUGUUUUAAGUCUAGUAAAGUCUCAAAAUAGCUAUAGCUCAUUACAAGUGGCUAUAAAACUUUGUUUUUUUUAAUUUUAAUUAAAAGUAAUUUGUAUAGGAUUAAAGUUGUAAGCAGUCGUCUGCAAUAACCUAUUUUCUCAAAAUUUGUUGAUUGCAUGUGUUUGGUUCAAUUUUAUCCUUGGUUUAUUAACAUUUUAUAAUACUUCAGACUCAUUAGCACAGAUUACCAUAUAGUCAAAUGACAAAGUAAAAUUAAAUUGAAACCAGGGACAAUUUUGAACCGCAACAUAUUCACUGACUUUGUAUUUUCACUCUUUUUUCCACCAGGGCCAAGAAUGGUAAGUAGACAAAGUAACUGAUAUUUGUUUGGUUUACUAAAUUUACUUCUCCUUUAUAGACUCAUCACUGACCAAACCAAUAAGGUUGUUCAGAUUCUUCUUCAGUUUAAAAAUUAACAAUGAAACUAGAUUGAUUUAUGUUUUUCUUUGUCUCAAAUUAUGAAAAUGAUUGUGAAAAAAAAAGGCAAAAAGGCAUGAAUCCUAACUACUCAUGGUGAAUGUCAUGAAAAUUUUGUUCACAGUGUGGUAUGAUUACAAAAACAUAAUAAUUUUCUGCGCCUUUUUAUAGACAAUGUCUAUCAGUCUCUCUGCUGUCUUUAAAAUUCUUCUGUUUUUAUUAUUGAUUUUUAGCUCAAUGGUACUGGUCCAAAAAAGUCCCCCAGAAACUCACCAAAUCUAGGACCUCAUAAAGGUAAUGAAUAUGAAGUUAUAUAAAGGUUAGUAUUAGUAUGUUGUAGUGCAGGACCAUGGUCUUGCAUAGCCUGGUGGUCGCCCAUAGUGAGUUUCCUUUUGUCUUCUGGCCUUUGAGGCCUGUUUUAAUGUCAAACUUUAAAUUAGAAAAUUAGUUUUAAAAAUGCACAACUAAUGAACACCUUGAAUUCAUUUUUCCAGUAUAGAAUAAUAUUUGUAUUUGUUUUUGUUGUCUCGUAAGAUAUCAAGGCAAUGCCUGUUCCAGCUGCAAGUCAAUUUCAAGCUAGGACAAAUUUUCUUCUUGAGGUAUUUUCACACAAUAUUGACUAGAUAAUAAGACUUUAAUUAAAUUACCUUGUGGUAAAUGCAUUUAAUGGAACGUAACGUCUAAGGGGGGCAGGGUGUGUAAGACUGCGUGACAUUAAAGGUCAAAAUACGGUAGUUUUGUGAUUCAUGGUAUGAUCGAAUGAGCUCUCUUUUAGCUGUGAACAAAGGCUUUUCAUGGCUAGAAGUAUCUCAAUUUAGAGCAUGUCACCUGUUUACAAAUACAUGUUAGCAUUGCCACACCUGGUUGUUAUUCAGUCAGCUUGCAGAAAAGCACUUUCAAAAAUUUCGUUACCCGCCUACCCUCUGUUUAGCAGAGCAGUAACAAUAACAAUUUCAACUGUUUUAUGUUUAUUAUUAUUAUCAUUAUUGUUGUUGUAACUAUUAUUAUUAUUAUUAUUAUUAUUAUUAUGGUGUGAUCCUCUCCAGUUCUUUUUCUUCUUCUUCUUCUUCUUCUUCUAAUUAUUAUUAUUAUUAAAAUUUAGCACAGGGAUUUUCUCUAGGGAGAAAUAUCCAGUCAAGUCUCAUCCCGAGACCUCAGACUUCCAGCACCUUUCUGAGGAUAUGUGCCGAUCCGAGGAGUGCCGACUUUUGCAUUGUUCUUGUUCGGUUUUUAAUUCCUAGUUGCUCCAAGUGGCCUGCCAGCUUCUUUGAUACUGAACCCAAUGCACCUACAACCACUGGCACCACUUUUGUUUUGUUAUUAUUAUUAUUAUUAUUAUUAUUAUUAUUAUUAUUAUUAUUAUUAUUAUUAUUAUUAUUAUUAUUAUUAUUAUUACAUCUUUUGUUGUAGAAACAGGAGCUGGGAUAGCCCAGACUUAAUGCAAUUUUGAUCUUUUUUUGUUUUGGCUUUUGUUUUGUUUUGUUUUUGUUUUUGCUUUUUUUUUGUUUUCUUUUAAUCCAAUAAUAAUAAUCCAAUCUCAAGCAGCAUUUGUAAAUUGCACCAUUGCACAUUCAAAAACACAAAUAAAGUUUCCAUUAUUAUUAUUUUGUACUGUGCUCUUUAUAGGUAUAUCCAUUAAUUUUCACGUGCUUAAAGGGGCUAUGUCACAAGGAUAUUGCGUCCUGUUUAGGUGAAUUCUGUGCGAAAGUCAUUACCUAGUGUCUUUUCCCAUAUACAAAAUGCUCUUGUAAUAGAGUAUGAAGGAAGUAUCAAACAAAAAUCAAGCAAAUAGCGAUAUAUAAGAAAUGGUUAAAAUCCAGACAAAAUAUUGUUCUGGAAUAAAGAAAAAAGUAAGCUCUGUGGUUAUCUCAUUUUCAGGGGUGGUCAUAUUGAUAUGUAGAAAGCAAAAGGUCUUGGAAAGUUUUUGUUCAAUUUCAAAAUCAUCGAACCAUUUGUAAUGAAUUUUGAAGUCUCAAUUGUUUGCAAAAUUUCUUUUCAUUGCUUCUCAGUCUUUUUACCUUUCGCAGCAGUCUCAAAUUCUUAGCAAUGUCCUGGUAACUCAGCAAGUCUUGGAUUUGACCAUUUCAUACCCGUUUUUUUUUUCUCUGCAGCACUUAUCUUCAUUCACAUUAAAAACUGCUCAAGAGGCACAAGUCCCUCCCCGGGAAAGACUGAAGCAGACUAAGGUAUGAUAUUCUGCCCUUUACAACCAUGUAUUCUCAUGACAUUAGGGAAGUAAGCCUUGUGUGAUCAAUCAGUAAUUAUCAGUGUCAUUCACUUAGGAUUUGUAUUAUCAAUGCCAAUUAAAAUCUAUUAUUGUGAGAAAUUGGUAGCCAUUCAAUUAAGAGAAGUUGACAUGAUCAUAACAACAUUUUUUUUUUUUUUAUUAUUAUUUUUUUAUUCAAAACAUUUAUUAUUAUAAUUACAAAAAACUACUUAAAAAGAAAAAAAUUAAAAAAUUCUAAAAAACCGCAAAAAAAAACAUAAUUAAAAUUAUCUAAAUUUCACAAUUAUAAAAAUUAAAACCAAAAAAAACCCAAGAAAUUACCGAAUAAGGCUUAUUUAAAAAAAAAUUAAUUAAUAAUAAAUUAUUAAAAAAAAAAAAAAUAAAUAAACAACCGCAAUAACAGACAUACUUACAAUUAUCUACAUUUCACAAUUAUAUACAUUACAGCCACAAAACAGCCGCGCAAUUGCCGAAUGAGGCUUAUUUUACAAAGAAUUAAUUAAUACUUAAUUAUGUCUACAGAUAAAAGAGAGAUUAACACUUAAUAUUUACAGUACGCUCUGAAAUAAAAAACAAAAACAUAACCACACAUACAAAAAAAAAUAUAUACAAAAAUACAAAAAUACAAAAAAAAAGUGUCUAAUAAAAGAUUAUGAUCAUAACAACAUGAUCAAGAUUUUUAUUCCUGGUUUUUGUUGGUGUUUAUCAACAAUUAUUGAUAUCUAUUGGUCGCUUUGCCAUUGGAUUCUUUAUUACAGCCCUCACAACCACUCAUUAAUGGAUCUAGAGGACUAGUAUAUUAACGUGUUACUAACAUACUACAGUCAUGUAUCAGUUAUAUAAUUAGUUUUGAUUUAAGCAACUAACCCUUUAUGCCUUAAAUUAUGUGUAAAAGUCUAUGUUGAGGGGCAGGGGCAAGCUUAUUUUCAUGAAGCCGUGAUUGACCAUUUUUGGUGUCUGUGAAUCCUGAUGUAUUGGAAAACUGUUCUGUGAAUCGUGAUUGAAAUGUACUCCUUAAAACGUGAACUGCCAAAAUAAUCCCCUGUACUGUACACGUAGAUUGAAGAUGAAUUGAAGAAAUUAAAUCAUUAAUUUGGCCAAACAAUCUUAACUAGCAUCUGGUGGCUUGAAUUGACUUCUCUUUUGAGUCUUUUAAUGUAAUUUCACACCUCAGUGUGCUCAGACCCACCUACAGCCAUCUUCCCUAGGGAAUUUAUAGCCGCACAGAGAUCACCCAAACACGUGGCUGAGAUCAAAUACACCAUCUGUACUGUGACUCAUGAAACACAAAAUUCUUGUCCGUGAACUCGUGACAAGACCCCCCUCCCUCUUGCCCCCCCUCCCCCUCCCCCCUUCUCUGCAUUUAUCCCUGAACUUUUACAUUCCUGGCAAAUGCUGUGAACAUUGAAAUGUUACUCUUAUUGCAACAGGAAUUAUUAGCCAAAGGAAACCAAUGGACAAAAGAGAUGGAAAUGAGGUUGACAGACACUGACGUGGUGCUUUUAGAUGGAGAAACACAGGUGAAGAUUUUGCUUCAAUAUUAAUUGUUUUGUACUUAACCUUGGCUUUCAACAACAAGAGACAAAUGUUGAAUCUUGAGAGGCGAGAGUCUCCUCUCUAGGGACAGAAGUUUUGUCUUAUAGAUGAGACUCUGUAAGUGCUUGUAUAGUGGGCCUUAACUAUGUACAACUUACAAUGUACAACUAUUCAGUUGGAUAAGUGUCGGUCUGCUGAAAAGGGAGGCUGUUGGUUAAAAACCCUGGCCUGACCUACACUCACUCACUUAUGGGAGAAAUUGCUGCCUUUGUAAUGACAUCUGCAAACAGUUUCUUCUCAGAUAAGAUAACAAACCGUUGGCUCCAUCUUCACAUACAAGCAAUACAUUCUGUGAGAUGGUAGAGAACCCACACAUUGUUGGUAAAAAGUAGGGGAUGUACGUAGCAACUGCUGUGGUGGUCUACCUAAAAUUCACACUCACUGUAUAGGGGGCAUGAUAACUCGUUCUUUCACUAAUAUUGUAAACUGCACCAUAAGCAGUCUACCAGUCUUGUAACUUGUACCUGAAAAGCCUUGAGUAGAGUGUAUAUAGAGGAUAUUACACGGUGGCGCGAAGAUAUGAAUUUUAUUUUUGAGUGGCAAAACAAUAUUUCACGAACGAGCGCAGCAAGUGAGUAAAAUAUUGUUUUUGCCUCGAGAAAAUAAAAUUCAUAUCUUCAAGCAGCCGUGUAAUGUUCUUUUUAUUAUAUAGACAAAAAGACAUCUAUAAAAUAAUAGAGGGAAAUGACCGAAAUUACGUCAUCGAUAAACUCAUGUGUGAGGUUAUGGAAAAUAAACCACUUGGGUCCCAGAUGUAGUUUUUAUGAAUUUUACGAGUGGUAUAUUUUCCAGUAAAACACUCAUGUCUGUUAAUGAAAUAUUUACAAUUUACAGUUAAGCUUGUUGUAUAUGUAACAGCACCACCAUGCUGUAAGAUCCUAUAUUUAGCUUUGAUUAAACCUGAAAAUUUAGACCCAUGUGAAACUAAUUUGGAAUCAGCAACAAUUCCUUGCAAUACUGAGGUAAAUUAUUAUUUCUUUGGUCUUUGUUUUAACAUGAUCUUUUUUUUUGUUAUAGGAUGUUGUUGAAGUGUUCUCCUUGAGUACAAUUGGCCAUGUUCAUCAUUUUAGUGAUGACCCUGACUUGAAUAGUGUGCUUGUAUUCAAUACAAUGCAGACAGAAAAUAGAUUUGGGGCUAUGCACUUGUUUCAGUCAGACCGAGUUCCGGUAUGUACUUUCAGACUGUUCAAGUUCGUUGUAUUAUAUGUUAUUGCAGUGAUUUCAGUGCUUGACAAUAAUGUUAUCACAAGACCUAUCUCAUGCCAAAAUUAUUGGAGACAGCCCUAAAUAUACCAGUGAUAGAAAAAGCAUAAAAUGAGAAGUGGGUUUUCCAACUUAUAGGCUUUAAACCCUGAAAGUCAACAGUGGAAUUUCAUCGUAAUUUGAAUAAUGGAGAAAGACAACUGGACGAAGUUGGUGGACUGCAUACCAACUUGCAGUGCUGCAAUUCUUCCCAUGCAAAACCUUAAAAUUUUGCAGACACUUUAGCACCCAUAAAUUCUUAGUCUCGUGUGUCAAUCAUCUCAAAAUUGGCUUCUUAGGUAAUACCAUUUCUGGUAUUAAAUUAUUAAGUUGUAUCUCAUAAUUCUUGCUUCAAGCAGGUCACAUGACUGCAAGUUUUGAAGGGCUUAUUAGCUUGUGAAUUAGCAGCUGUUAGGGAUAUUAAAGAAAUGGCUGUCUUGACAGCCACUUUGUAAUAAACCUUGGGAGGCAACCUCUCCUUACAGACAACUUUUCAACACAGACACAUUGCAGAAAGUUCCUUUGCUCCUUAGAUCACAGGGCCUGUUUUAUUUUCACCAACCAAGACUGUUUAGUUUAGGUGUCAGUAAAGUAACUACUAAAAGCUCCCUAUUGCAAUAAUUGUCUACAGGCAGCAGUGGUGGCCACAGAAAUAAUGAAAGCUUCCAGCAGCAGAUCGGUAUGUUAUCAUCAGAUAAAACAGAUCCUAUUCCCCUGUUACCAUCAUCAUGGUUUUCCUCUAACAGUGCAUGUGGAACACUCAGCUUACUAAAUUUUUUUUAGCCCUGCCUGCAAGUCAAAAGUGCCCAAUGAAAAUUGUAGACUUGUGUUAAAUCUUACUGAAUACAUCUUUUUCCCCUCCUUAUUAAUAUAUUAUAUUUUUACAGGCUAUGCCGCACAAAUUUGCUGCAAAGGGUGGUGUUAUACUGCCCCCACCCCCUACUCACCCAGCACCCCCUCCUCCCAAGGUACAGUUUGGAGAUUUUUUUCUAAUCUUGUUGUUGUUAUUGCUUGAAUGUAGCAGUCUGUCACUCAUCUAAGCACUAAUUAAACUUUACUCAGCAACCAUUAAAAAAACACUAUAACCAGCAUAAUUUUAUUAUGUUUGCAUGUGGGUUCCCGCCAACAUCUGUUAGUCCUGUCAGACAGCUAAAAAGGGCAGAAGUAAUAUUUGAAAUGAUGAACUAAAUGCUUGCAGGGCUGGCCUGAAGUCAAUGUUUUACUUGUUUUGGAAAGUGAAAGAUAAAUAACAGGAAGGAAGUAGAGUGGAAAAAAAAAAAAAGAAAGAAAAUUAACUAGAUGUUACAUGCAGUCAGUUUUGCUGACAAUUUACCACAAUCAGAUUCUUUGAGACAAUGCAGGAUUGCACAUGUCAUAGCCUCCUGGCCUUAUUUCUACUUUGUUUUGAUUUUUUUUAGGAAGUUGAUCAAGAAAGGAUGGAUCUCUAUGAGAAGUCACUGGUGGCACAAACCAUUGCAGCAUUUUCUGCAGCUUCAGAAAACAUCACUGCAAAAACUGCAAAGCCACAAGUAGCAUCAAAAUACCAAGCAUCAGAAUCAACAUCUGACAUUCCUGAUGAAUCAUUAUCUGCUGAAAUCUUAGAGGGACGCACAAACAGAGAUGUGGUAGGAUGUUGAACCUAAAAUUGUGCUUGUUUGUGAAAAUUAAGUCACUUUUACUUGGAAGCUCCAGUGACCAGCAAAAAUCAUUGUCUAAUCAUCACAGAAGUACCAGCCACUUACUGCAAAGAAUUUUCCAUUUAUGAUGAUAAAAUAAUCAGUAUUAAUGUUUUGCAAUGCUUUGUUGUAUGAAAACAAACACAUGGUAUACAAUAAAGCAAAUGUGAUUAAAUUAAGGUGCCAUCUACUAUCCUGAUGGCUAAAACACUCAAAAUGGGGAAGGUCCAAGACUUGUCCAAUUGAAAUGGGGGACGUUUCCAUACCCAUCCCCACACGUGAGUGCCUUUUAGGAAAUAUCAGGAUUCAUCAACAAUGUAUUGAACUUACCAGGGUGCAAAGAAAGUCAGUUUUACAGCUUACCAUUCAAGCAAGCUGCAGCCAACAUUUACUACCCCGGAGUCAUUUUAAUAAGCCAGGAAAAAAGUUUUGAGCAGCAGGAUUAAUUCCAGUUCUUCUGUAAUGUGAAUUUCCUUAAAAAAAAUCGUUUGCCCGUCUGGCAAGUUAAGAACAAAAUUCACUAGCCCGAUAGCAAAAUCCACUAGUCCCAGGCUUUUGGACAUGACUUUCUUUGCACACUGCAUACUUAUAAUAGUAAUAAUCAUCUUAACAGAUAUUAUUUUGUCAGUAUUAACUAGCAAGAACUCGAUGCAUAUUUCAAGUGCCAAAUUCAAAGAAUGAGACUAAAAAAAUAUGCUGAAGCUUUUGUCUGUUGAAGUGAUAUGCUGUGCAAAUAUUGGAUUUUUCAUUUUUCAUUGCAGCAAAUUUUAAACCACUGUAUUGAUGAUAUCGAGAAUUUAGUCUUGCGAACAAAAAAGUCAGCUGAAGCAUGGAAGAAGUUGAACAAGAAGAAAGGAAAGGCUAAGCGUAAGUUCUCAAAUUAUCUUUGUUGAAACCCAGUUACUGCCAUAAUGUUAGGGUGCAAAGAAAGUCAUUUUAAAAGCUUGCAAUUCGGACAAGCUGAAGCUAGUGUAUACUAGCCCAGACGUCAUUUCAACUAGCCCCCAAAACAUUUUGAUGAGCAGAAUUAAUUUCACAGUUCCACUGUAAUUUGAAUUCCUCAAAAGACCACACUUGCCUGUCGGGCAAGUUAAGAACAAAAUUCACUAGCUUGAUAACAAAAUCCGCUAGCCCUGGGCUAUUGGACACUACUUUCCUUGCACGCUACAUGAGGUUGUACUAAAUCAAUCAAUUUUGUCGUGUUAGAUCAGUUGGCUGAGCACCAGUCAGCCAAUUUGCUCUUCACAAUAUAAAAAUGAUUUAAAAAAAUUAUUUUUCACCCUGAAUUGGGCUGAUUUGUUAAGACAACAUAUAGCAAACACAAGAAACGAUCUGACUUGGAAAAGUCUCAGAUUUACACAAAACAAAUCAGCCCAAUUUUAGGUUGCCUCCCAUGCAGAUGUCUUGCCCUGGGAGAACAUCUGCAUGGGGGGCUAAAUUUUAGGCCCAUUCACAUCCUUGCAUUUGCCUUUGAGUAGAAGGAGUGGCUCGAUAAAUCAUAGCCUGUGCAUUGACACUUACGCCGCACAGACAGAUUAUACUACUGCAAACUGGCCUUAAGCAUGAGAUUGUGGACUAAACCUCUGCCCAGACCAACAAUCAGAGACUGUAAAAAGCUGAUAAGAUUACGCUGGCUGCAGUAUUCUUUGUCUCAGUUCACAUGGGGUGGCUACCAUUAGUCUUUGACCUUGACUCCUAAAAUUGGUGACCACUAGCUUUUUAUGAAGUUUUAGCCAAUUAGAAACGGAGAAAUAUUUUUAACGAAUAAUAAUGUUCUGUUUUUUUCCUCACCUUGCAGGAGACAGUAUGUUGUCACAUGAAGCUCGACCCCCUCCAGAGGCGGACUUCUAUGAUGCAUUUCAGAAAUUAAAACAUGCUUUUAACUUGCUGGUAAGAUUUUCAUUUCCUGUUUGCUACUUCAACUGUUUUGCAGUCUAUGUUUGGCAUAAAGGGUAUGUAGAGAAAAGCAUUUGCAAGUGACCUGUCACCAACUCCAACUCAUCCUUGUGUAGUUCAGAGCUGGGAUUUUCAAUGUGCUAUGCAUUUCUCGGCCAAGUUGAUAGCAAAUUAAUGAAAAUCCUUUGAAGUGCAGUGUAACCCUUUAAGCCCCAAUAUCUACAUACAAAUUCUCCAAACUGAUCUCCAUACAUUUCCUUUAAGAAUCAGUUGAGAGAAUUUGAUGGCAGAUCAAAGCAUUUUCUCUUUAGUGAUCAUUACAUAAAUUCUCAUAACAUAAUCUCUUGACAAGGUAUGAAUAUUGUUGGAAGAAAAUUGAUUUUGGUCACCAUUGGGACUUAAAGGGGUAAAGGACUUGCUAGUCUUAACAUUUUCUACAUUGUAUAUUCAUCGUGACAUCAUUGUUUACAUUUUUGCUCAUUAGCAUACAGGUUAACCCAUGGCAGAUUUGGCCGUAUGUACUAAUUAGGUUAAAAACUUAAAGGAGCUGGUUAAUUUAUGCAGUUUGUGCAAGUUUCAGCUCUUUGCAAUCAGUAGCAAAGAGAAUAGCAGCAAUUAAAAAGUGCAAAAUUACUGGGUAGCAAAACAUUAAUGAGCUCAUACAUUCUUUGUAAAUUUUGGGUUUUUCAAAGAGAAUUUCUCCAAAACUAUUUCAUAUAUCAGGGCUCAAAUUUUCAGAGAUAACUGAAAUUGUUAUGCUCUUUCAAUAUUUAUUAGCUUCAUCAGAUAUUAAGAAACCUAUGCUAAUGAGGCAAAAAAUGUAAACAAGGAUUAUGUGAUUACUGACAAAGAACUCAUUACCCAUAACCUCCUUUGCUUUUCUGUCAAUCAAUCUGUCAAUUCUGUCAAUCACGUCAUAGCCUGUAUGGCAGGAACUGAGAGGGGAGGAGAAAGGAGAGAAAUGGGAGAGGGGAUUGAGGAGAGAAGAAAAGAGGUCUCUUCCUUUCCCUUGCACACUUUUCUCCUCCUACCCUCCUCUCUUUUGCACCUGUCAUGCAGGCUAUUAACUCUUAUUAAGUUAAUCAAUAAAAAUCCUUGGCUCUGUUCAAGGUAACACCAACACCAACAGCCAUGAUACAUGUAUAAGCUGCAGUUACAUGACCUAACAAAAGUUACUUUUUGUACCCACAGGGUAAAUUGAGGAAUCAUAUCCACAAUCCUAAUGCCGCUGAAUUAGUUCAUUAUUUAUUUGUUCCUCUAUCCUUGUUGGUUCGCUGCACUGGAGGGUAAGGCCUAUGUCGCAACAUUCAUAAAUCACUUUAUCCAGCAUACAUGUCAUUUUGCAGUGCCUUAGACUAUUUGUUUAAAAUUUCAAAUUUUUCACUUUCUCAGAUAAUGAAAAGGCACAGGAUUACAUAACUAUGACCGUUAAUAAUUCAUAUUUUUGCAAUGCUUAAUUGAGCUUGUGCGGUAUUCAAACAAAAAGAAGUCUGGAGCGCAGGUGAAAAGAACUGAUAGAGAGCAUGUGACUGGUAGGCUUGCGUAUAAAUCCAGGCUUUUGGUACUUCAUGCCUAGUUAGCAAAAACAACAACAACUGCAGUCUAGCAAUAACUUAAUGCAAAUUCCAUGACUUAUGAAUUAGUCCAAAUUAAACUAUAACCUACUCUCGCAUCUCUUUUUCCACCAAGUGGAGAGUUUGCUCACAGAUAAUACUAACAACUGUUUGCAGAACUGAAAUUAACAUGAUUGGUGGUC